AUGGAGCCGGCCAUCCCCGAGGUCGCAGACGAGAUAUGGACCGACGAGAACGCAGAGCCGGUGACAUGGAACAGAACAAAGUUCCGAACCCAGCCCGAGCCGCUCCAGGCACGUACACAUCCACGACCCAGCUCGAUUGCGAUGUGGGUAGUCAAGGUCGACAAAAACGUUGCCAUGGACCAGAACAGCUUCGAGGUCGACCAGGACGAUAUGGUCGCCGUAUCGGUGACAAACGGAACCCACUGGAACAACACGAACGUGGCCGUGUCCAAGCUGGGGCGCAGCACCAACGCUUAUAAUGCCGAGGCCUGGGGUUUCAACUCGGCUGUCAACGUUGCCAACGGCACGCAUGCCUUCCUCAGCAACCUCAACAUAACGUCCCACAACGGCGCCAUCGGGCUCUUCGCCUACGGGCCCGGCACCCAGGUUCGCGCCCAGACGGGCCAGGUGGCCAGCACCGGCCCCGUCGGCCACGCCGUCGUCGCCGCGGCCGGGUCGUGGGUCGAGGCCGGCGGCCUGACGGUGGCGACGGGCGGCAUGCGCAGCAGCGCCGGCGCGGCCUGGGGCGUCGGGUCGCGCCUGCGCAUCCGGGAGUCGACGGCCAGCACCGCGGGCGUCGGGAGCCCCUGCCUCCACGCCGGCGGCGGGAGCCUGCUCGAAGCCCGCAACCUUUCCUGCGAGGCGGGGCGGGCGCCGUUCCUAGUCGUGGACGCGUCGGCGCUACGCGGCAGCAGGAGCAGGGCCAGGAGCGCGAGGGCGCCCAGGGUGCUGCUGGACAGCGUGAGCGGGUCGGCGGGGAUGCUUGCGGCGGUGGUGAUUUUCGACAACUCGUCGACGCCCGUGGUUGCGAACAAGACCUCCCCGGUCGCGAACGCCACUACCAAGGCUACGUCGACGGCUAUCACAGUCAACAGGGCCUCUCCGGUCUCGAAUGUCACUGUCAAGGCCACGUCGACGGCUACGGCAGUCACCUGGACUAACACAAUGGUGGCGAGGCCGAAAACGACGGUUGUGGGCGUGUCGGCCAACUCGACCGCCCUAUCGACCAAGACUAAGGGGCCUCAGCCCUCGGCCAAGGCCACGACAGUCGUCCCCACGCAGAUCAGACCCCUUCCUCCCGUAAGGGUCACCAUAAAGGAUUCCGAGAUCAAGAUCAGAGACACCACAGUCGCAGGUGUUUGGAUCGCCAACACGCGGGCGAGAGUGCAGAUCAUCCGGUCCAGCCUCAUCCUGGAGCACAACGAUACCAAUACCGACGGCACAGUCGGCGAGUCUCGCGUGCUCGUCCGGGCCGGCGGCGCCUUGCCGACGCGGGACAUGGACAAAUUCACAGAGGAGCCGCGCAAGCCGGCGCAGCAGCUGCAGCAUCGGCCCAACGUGAUAACGGCGCAGGAGUCGACGCUCGAGGGCGACGUGCUGGCGGCGGGCGACGGCAGCUGGGUGGACUGGCGCGUGACCAUGGGCUCGACCUGGGUCGGCACGGCGGGCCAGAGCGGCAACAGGAGCCGGGUCGACGUGUCCCUGUCGGCGACGUCGUCUUGGACCAUGACUGGCAACGCGCACGUAAGCCGGCUCCGGGUCGAAGGCAAGGUGCCGAAUAUCGACAGCCGCGGGUUCAUGCUGUACUAUAAUGCUAGCAUGUCGGGCAUGGCUGGCACGUUUGAUUUGCCUGGAGGUGGCAGGGCGGUGGCUGUUGAUAUGUAA